GUCCUGCUGGCCCUUGGGUCAGAACUCUCAGGUCUGUGGCUGCAUGUCACAGGAAACCAAACCUAAAAGGGACCUAUCAGGAGGUUUUCUGCUGAAAGGCACUGCUCAGCAUUGAGAAACAAUUCAACACACGGCCUUACUAAUUUCCAGCACCCCCGAGAUCUCUGCAUUGCCUCCCCUCAUCACAGGAGACGGUCGCCUCAGCCUUUGGUGCCUUCCACGCUGUUCAGGCUGAGUUGAAGAUCCCUCUUAUCUGCUGGGUGUCAAGAACUAUGAACAGGCAGGGCAAUAGAAGGACAACUAAAGAAGGAUCCAACGAUUUGAAAUUCCAGAACUUCAGUCUGCCGAAAAACAGGUCGUGGCCUCACCUCAAUAGUGACACAGGCCAGUACCAGAGGGUUAACAAGCCUCUCCCCGACUGGGAAAGAAACUUUCCUGCACUCCUGGAUGGAGCAAAAAGCCGCAGUAAUGAUGACUACGAAGACCCUGAACUUCAGAUGGAAGAGACGUGGCAGUCGAUUAAAAUCUUACCAGCCCGCCCUAUAAAGGAAUCUGAAUACGCAGAUACACGCUAUUUCAAGGGUGCAAUGGACAUUUCCCUUCCAUUAGACACCAGGACCUCUAUCCCCAUUGGACAGCAAGCCUGGAACACACAGACGAAGUUGGAAAGAGUGGACAAACCCAUGUCCAAGGACAUCAGGAGCCAAAACAUAAAAGGAGACACAUCUUUAAGGAAGAAUAAGAUUCCUUUACCACCUCCUCGGCCUCUGAUCACACUUCCGAAGAAGUACCAGCCCUUGCCCCCUGAGCCGGAGAGCAGCAAGCCAUCUUUCUCUCAGAGACACACCUUUCCGGAAGUCCAGCGAAUGCCCAGUCAGAUAAGCUUCAGGGACUUAAGUGAGGUCCUUGAAGCAGAAAAAGUUCCUCAUAACCAGAGGAAGCCCAAAUCAACUCAUCUGUUGCAAAACAAAAAUACUCAAGAGAUUCCACUUGCCAUUAGCAGUUCUUCAUUCAUAACGAGCGACCACAAUGUGCAAAACAGAGAUCAUAGAGGAGGCAUGCAGUCCUGUUCUCCUCAGAGAUGCCAGUCUCCAGCCAGCUGCAUCCCUCAUGAAAAUGUACCGCCCUAUAAAUACACAAGCUGGAGGCCACCUUUCCCUAAAAGGUCUGAUAGAAAGGAUAUCCAGCACAAUGAAUGGUACGUUGGAGAAUACAGUCGCCAGGAAGUGGAAGAGGCAUUAAUGAAGGAGAACAAGGAUGGUACUUUCUUGGUCCGAGAUUGUUCCACGAAAUCCAAGGAAGAGCCCUAUGUUUUGGUGGUGUUUAAUGGGAACAAAGUCUACAAUGUAAAAAUCCGCUUCCUGGAGAGGAAUCAGCAGUUUGCCCUUGGUACAGGACUCAGAGGAGAUGAGAAAUUUGAUUCAGUGGAAGCCAUCAUCGAACACUUCAAGUAUUUUCCCAUUACACUAAUUGAUGGGAAAGAUAAAACUGGGGCCCACAGGAAGCAAUGUUACUUGACUCAGCCACUCUCUCUCACCAGACACUUCUCCCCUCUGUAGUGUGGUCUUUGUGUUAUCUUUGGUUUACUGGAUUCAAUGCUUCCAUCGUCUCACUGAUUUCAAAAGAUUAUAUUGUGUGUCUUCCAAGGAUGACUUUUUUGACUUUGUAGAAAAGAAAAACACUCUAGAACAGAAAGUAGAAAAUCAAUCACGAUUUUAAAAGUUCAAACCACAGAGAAAAUAUUUAUUUUCAAACCACAGAGAAAAUAAAAACAUUCUAGUAUCUGGCCACUGGAAAGUAAGUAAAAAUUAAAAAAACUCAGGUUUUAAAAGUAUCUUCUAAACGACAACAAAAUUCUAUAAACAUAGCCAUUAUGCUCAUGAUACAGGCAAGCAGCAAAGGUGACCAGAAGCUAUUGCUUAACUGUUUGCAGCUGGUGCAGAACAAGUCUAUGGGAAAUUCCCAAAUCUAUGCUCUUUACAGGACGCUGUGCCACCUUUAUAUCAGCUCUUUGGUCUUACACAUCUGCAAUGUGUGGAUGAUUUCUUACACUAAAGAUGUUGGUGAAUAUUAGCUCUCUUUUAUUGUAAUCCUAGAAAUUCAUGUAUAAGAAAGAAAUGUGAUAUGGAAAACCAGCAAUUGUGAAUGUCACCUUGAAGACAGAAACUGAAAAUACUCUGACCAUACUGUGAAAUGCCUAUGGGACCAGCCUCCAGCAUCCUCUGCUUCUAGAAGCUUUAAGUCAAAUGGAAUUAACACAUUCAUAGUAAAGAGCUCAGAUUAUAUCCUUCUCUAGCUGUCAGCCAAGCAUGUGUCUGAGGGAAACUAAAAAUUGUAUUAACAAUUCCAAUUAUGGACUUCCAUUCAAAGAUGAAGAAAAACUGUCCUCAAAUUAAUGCUAAUUCUCACAGUAACAUUAGACAUGUCAUGAUAUUUAUUCCUGUGCUGGGCAUGGUAGCUCAUGCCUUCAUUUAAUAAAAUAAAAUUAAGAGGAUUUAAUUUUACUCUUGUUUUACAAUAAAGAUGAGGAAGCAGAGGCUUGAAGAAGCUAUGAAUCUUAAUCAGUUAUGAGAAGAGAGCCCCAGAUUAUAAUCUGCUUUGCCUGGCUCCAUGCAAGCUCAUCUUCCCAGGCACAUUCUCCACACUGUGGCAUUUUACUAUCAAGUUGAAAAGCGAUAAAAAAGAGAAAGAAACAAUUUGAAAAUACAGAUUUACCACUGUAAAAUAAACUCUUCUACUGGCAAUAGGCUUUAAAUAUAUAUAUAUAUAUAUAUACUGUUGAAAAUAACAGUAUAUAAUGAUGCCAAAUGGUAGCAAAGCUUACACAGGAAAUUCUAGAGUAUUUAUAUAAUUGUAGCGUUAAUGCAGAAAGAAAACUGAAAAGCAUUAAAAGGCAAUAGAAUCAGAUGAAAACAAUACCAGCAAUGCCCAGGAUCAUCCCUUCUGUAAGACAGCAGACAAUGAGCUCUCGGAAAAGCUCUUAGCAUCUACCCACCAUCCACACACCUGCUCUGGUGCUCUUCCUUCACAAGGUAAAUGUGAAGUGAUGCCUGUAAGUUACAUCUGAAGCAUUGAAUGAAGCAGCUCUUUGUAAAGCUGGCAUUUUUGAGACCUAACUGAGCCUAUCUUAGAGUGUGCCUGAAGAAGAUUACAUAUGAACCAAGAAAUAAGAAUGUUUACAUUGAAGCUUGGAUAUUAAGGAACUCACGGUCUGGCCAGAGCUAAAAGCUGUAUGGUUGCUGGUCAUUCUCUUCUGGAAUUCAACUAGCCAUGGACAGUAUGGAAACAAGGACUCUACAGAAGGGUUCCAGGCUCAUGUCAAGAAAGACUCUGACCCUCAUCCUACAAAGCUAUUGGGAGAUGACUGAUAACUCCAAACUCACUGACUCAUUGAGGCCAUACCAUUCAAUGCCGUGUUCUCAAGAAAUGUCUAUGAGUCCUCUCAACCAUUGCUGUUGAUAAAAUAGGUGAAUCUCAGGUGGAGGUUAGCAUUUGAUGAGGUGUAUAUUUGAAACAAUGUAUUAUCACCUCUUAUCUUUAUCACCUUAUAUCAUACAUACAUGAUAUAAUUCCAAAAAGAAAAAGAAGUAGAAAUUAAGUAGCCUUAAGAUGACAGCAAGAACAAGGGGAAAAGAAAGAUAAAAAAUUAAAUAUUUUGCAAUAAAAAGCUCACAAUAUUUAAUCUAUUUGAACAUUUCUACAAAAAAUAUAAAAUUGAAAAUAUUGACAUGGGCUGCUUCGGAUGAUUGGGAUUUGAGGGAUUGUGUUAGUCGGGUUUUCUAGAACUCAGACUCCAAGACAGAGUUUGAAGUGCAAACACUGAUUGGAGGUUAAUGUUUGAGAAAAAUCAAAGGGAGAAGAAACAGAAGUAUGGGUAUGGGGUGGACUUUUAGGCUGCCACCUGUGAAAGGGAAGAGGGGAGGCGUGGGAGUGAGUAGAAAAAGCACAAGAUUGAGAUACAGUUCUGGAGGGUCUCGGCCAGCUCAUGGUGAGGCCCAAAGCAAAGUCUUCCCAUGGAGGAAAGAGUGUCGUGGUGGGUCUCAGUGCCCCACGAUGCUAAGUCAUGGUCUGGGGCUAUCCUGGAAAACAACAAAAAAAAGACCUGCAAAUGUUGUGGCAGAUCCAGAAGGCGAGGCUGGAUUCUGGCCACUAACUCUCUGGCCAGGAAGUUCUUUCAGUGGAGUCCCAAGUGACCCGCCUCUGGCCUGCCACAGCGACAUUCUGAAUUCACUGUUUUCAGUGUUGAUCAUAGUAAGGACAAUUACAUUUACAUUUUGCUGGUAAUGGAUGAUUAAAUAAUAAGGGUAUAUAAAUCUAAUUGUAUUUGUUUCUUGCAACACUUCUGUAAAGAAGAGAGGGCAGCUAUUUCUAAGCAUUUUACAAUUCAGAAAAUUGUGCUUCAUUGGCCAAAAUCUCACAGUGACGUAGUUGUGACUAGAACCAAGGUCUUCAUACACAGUUAUACUAUUCACAGUCUACCUGCUUUAUUAAAUCUGUAAUUGAAUAUUUCCCAAAUUCCAGUGUUUUAAUCUCUUUUUAACCAUUACCUUAUGUUUAGUUUAAAAGUAUUACUUGAUAUCUGGUUUCAACAGAGUAAGAGAAUUUUAGUUUUAUCCAAUUACAGCAUUUACACAUUCCAGAUAUUUUUUGGACUAAAUAAUUCCCAUUCUGGAGAAACGUGCAUAGCCUCAUCGUUAGUCACGUAUUGUGUUAGCACCUUCGUGUACCGCAUGUGUAUUCAUUACUAGGCACUGUUGUAGAUGUUGAAAAUGGAGCAGUAAAUAAGAGAGACAUAUGACAAACAAAUAUACAAAAAAAAAAUUAGAUAAUCUAGGUUGGUUUUCCAUUACUCAGUUGGAUUUCUAUUUUAACACUUAUCUCUGAGUGCUUGUGGGGUGAGGCCAACAUUAAAUGUUUUCAUGAAGCUCCCUUGAGAUAACUUUGAAAAGUCCUGAGUCAGAAAAUUUAAAAUUUUCCCAAAUUUCUGUGGGGAGUAUG